UAUAUAUGGAGGUUACCACCAAGAUACAUUAUUCGUUGAAUUGUCGUUGCACAGACUGCAGUGGGAACAAAAAUCACACUACUGCAUUUAUAAUAGUGCUUGGAAUCAACACUUCUCGUGAGUAGAAAAGUGAAAGUGCAUCUCGACUGAGACAAAUCAGACCUAACAGCCAUGGGGAAGGACAAGUACGACUUGCGGCAAGUGGAGAUGGGAAACGAGAACCCGGGCUUCCAGACCGACCUCUCCGACGGAAGAGGAGUCAUCACGACUAACGGAGCCAAAGGUUCCGGCGAGAAGCCAGUGGUCGCCUCAAAGGAAACCGUUCAGGAGGAGGAUGAAUCGGAACGACAACAGUGGGCUAACCCGAUCGAGUUCCUGCUUUCAUGCAUUGCAAUGUCCGUUGGACUUGGAAAUGUGUGGCGCUUCCCAUUCACCGCCUUCGAAAACGGCGGAGGAGCCUUCCUCAUACCCUAUAUCAUAGUGCUGUUGAUCAUUGGCAAGCCGUUUUACUACAUGGAACUCGCCCUUGGCCAGUUUUCCAGCUAUGGCCCCGUCCGUCUUUGGGAAGUGGUGCCUGGAUUAAAGGGUGUAGGAAUUGGUCAAAUGAUUUCUACAACAGGCGUUUUCACAUACUACUGCUCCAUCAUGGCGGUCACAAUGUUCUACUUCUUCGCCUCAUUCCAAGCCGAACUGCCCUGGGCAAGAUGCGACCCAUCAUGGGUGGACUGCAGUGAUUCCUAUGGGUCUAACGGAUCUAGAAGCUCUUCGGAAAUAUACUUCAAGGAUUUCGUGCUGCAGGAAAAGGACCAAAUCGACGACGGCAUUGGCUACCCUGAGUGGCGCCUUUCGCUAUGUCUCCUCUUCUCCUGGAUCACCAUCUGCCUGGUCCUCAUCAAGGGCGUGCAGAGCUCCGGAAAGGCAGCCUACUUCCUCGCACUCUUCCCCUACGUUGUGUUGAUCAUUCUUCUGAUCAGGGGUGCUACCCUUCCAGGAGCUGUCAACGGAAUUCUCUACUUCAUCACUCCACAGUGGGAAAAACUCCUCGACCCUCAGGUGUGGUACGCAGCAGUUACGCAGUCAUUUUUCUCCCUCGGCGUCGCAUUUGGAGCCCUCACAUUUUACUCCUCGUUCAACCCCCUUCACCACAACUUCCACAGAGAUGCGGUUAUUGUGACCACAAUGGACACUUUCACAAGCUUGUUGGCCGGCUUCACAAUCUUCGCCAUUCUUGGAAAUUUGGCCCACGAAAAAGGCGUGGACGUCUCGAAUGUUGUGAGCAGUGGCUCAGGAUUGGCGUUUAUUUCUUACCCUGAAACCAUUGCCAAAUUUGAACACGUUCCUCAGUUGUUCUCGGUUCUCUUCUUCUUGAUGUUGUACACCCUCGGCAUUGGCAGCGCUAUCUCACUAGUCGGGGCCGUCAUCACCUCUUAUUGCGACCAGUUCCCAGACCACAAGCGCUGGAUAGUUACCCUGGUUGUGUGCAUCGGUGGCUUCCUCGUUGGUCUCGUCUACGUCACACCGGGCGGACAAUGGAUUUUAGACUUGGUCGAUCACUACUCUGGCGGCUUCAUUAUUUAUAUCCUUGCCCUCACUGAAGUCAUCGGCAUCGCUUGGAUUUACGGAUUGGAGAACUUCUGCCGUGAUAUCGAGUUCAUGCUUGGAAUCAAGGUCAGCUGGUACUGGAGAUUGUGCUGGGGCGUCAUUUCUCCUAUUUUCCUGCUCGCAAUUCUGCUAUACAGUCUGGUUACAAUGGAGUCGUUCAAGUACGGUGGCAAGGAAUAUCCCGCAUCAGCUCAAGCAUGCGGCUGGGCGCUGUUCGCGGUCGGAGUUUUGCAGAUUCCUUUCUGGGCUGUGUGGACCGUUUGCAAAUACUAUAAGACUUCAAUUCCUCAGGCAAUCAAGAAAGCCUUCCACUACACAAAGAGGUGGGGUCCCAAGAGCGUCAAGUCCCACCAGGAGUGGGAAUUGUUCAAAGAAGAGGAAAAGGACAAGUUCCGUAAUGAAAGCACCUCUUACAAGGUUGCCCACGUUUUGCUUGGCGUUUACAGGCGAAGCCCCAGAUCCGACACUUCCUAAACUAUUUGUAUGUAGCAUUCUGGGCAUAUCCAGUGGCAACUUGAAUUACCACUUUUUGAAUAGGACGUUUCAAAUUUUUGAAAAAUUAUGUAUAAAUCGGCUGGGGGAGUCUCUAAUGUGAUAAUUUGGGUAAUUUUUCAGUAAUAACAACGAGUACAAAAAAGUCAAUGCUUACAAAAUUCUAGGCAGUGGAGAUUUCAUGAUUUUGAGCAGAAAAAUUGAUCUCAGAUAUUAAAAAUUUCGAAAACAGAUUAAAAAAAACUAAUUUUUUGUAUUUCAAUCGCAUUGAAAUGUUGAUAAUUUCAUAUAUUGUAGGACUAAUAAACAACCUUUUUAUAGACUAACAGAAAAGAAUAUGUUUGCGGUUCAUGGGUUCAUAAACUGUCAACCGCAAAGAUUUUGAUACCUUAUAUUAAGAAUUCACGUGUUUUUGAAUAGGUGUAAUUUUUAAAUUCAGAAUAUUUAAAUUAUUUAAUAACAUAAUCCACCGCACUAUGUGUAUGUAUAUUUAGAGUAACAAAUAAAAUAUAAAAUAUUUUAA